UCACCCCUGACACCAUGACGGCUGCUCUCCAAGAGGACUCUCAGAGCAAUGCGAGAACCAGGCAGGAGCAGGAGGAGGAAUUGAUCCUUACAGCCUGGCACAGCAUGUCGGUGGCUCUGCAGCAACACAGUCUGUGUGAGGAGUCCAGAGCGCCGGGCCAGGCUCAGUCUUUCCUGGCCAAGCAGAGGCAGUCCACCCAGGCCAGGAGGGGCUUCUCCCCGAGGCUGCAGCCCAGGUAGGAGCCUUCCUCCCCAUGAGGAAGUCUCAGCCUGGCCCACUCAUGAGCAGGAUGGAAAUCAAGACCAUGGGAAGAGGAGCUGGAGAUACUGAACCUGCAUUUCACCAUUUUCUUAUAUUGAGGUACUCGCUGUAUGUUUUUUGGGUUUGCUGUUAUCGCCCUCUGCUGCUCAUAGCUGGUACUGGAUUUCUAUUUACACUGGCAAAAUUGUAAUUGAUAAAAG